CACCUCGCUAUUUCUCAUUCUAAUUAUUUCGCAGGAGCUGAACCGACGCAGCCACACCUCGCUCGCAGCUACCUGCCACAGCUCGAGAAGGAGGGGAAAGGUGAAACCGCCGCACUCCUUCCACCCGUGGCAAAAGCGAACAGCCGAGUUGGACGGUGCGGCCGGUCUUGCGUAAGAGGCGCAGGAGCGCGCCGGGGCACAUUCAAUCACGCGUGAGCGCCACAGCACCGGGGGAGGGAAUGCGAAACUCCGGCCGUUUCUCGCCCUCAGAGCCGCCGCGGCAAAGGGACGCUCGCCGACGACAGAGACGGUGCCAUGGCGAGCGCGCAAGUGCACAUGUGUCAGACUCUCCUUCCCGCUCACACGAACCACCUCGGCGACCUCAGCCCCGGCCAGCUUCUCAAGUGGAUCGAUACCACGGCGUGCCUGGCCGCUGAAAAACAUGCUGGCAUUCCCUGUGUAACAGCAUCAGUGGAUGACAUACAGUUUGAAGAGACAGCCAGAGUUGGGCAGAUUAUCAGCAUUACAGCAAAGGUAAACAGGGCAUUCACUACCAGUAUGGAGGUUGGUGUCAGAGUUACAUUACAGGAUCCCUUAACUAAUGUUCAAAAACUAAUUUGUGUGGCUUUCUCUACAUACGUUGCAAGGCCAGUAGAAAAAGAGAAGAUUAACCUAAAGCCAGUCAAGCUUCUCACUGUGCAAGAUUUCAUAGAGCAUGCCCUGGCUGCUGAGCGAAGAAAAAUUCGACUGGAUCAUGAACGUGUAUUAAAUGAUCUAAUGGAUAAAUGUGGCAUGGAUAAUGAUCAUGUCUGCAGUAAAGAGAAAGAUGUGGUUUACACCGAUUGCACUCAUGUGCAGAGUAUUGAACUCGUCCUGCCUCCUCAUGCCAAUCAUCAAGGAAAUACAUUUGGUGGCCAAAUUAUGGCUUGGAUGGAAACAGUGGCUACUAUUUCAGCAAGCCGCCUGUGUCAUGUGCAUCCAACUCUGAAAUCUGUAGAUAUGUUCAAAUUCCGAGGACCUUCAACUGUCGGUGACCGCCUUAUUUUCAAUGCUAUAGUUAAUAAUACUUUUCAGAAAAGUAUUGAGGUUGGAGUUCGGGUUGAAGCAUACAAUUGUGAGGAAUGGGCCAAAGGUCAAGCACGGCAUAUUAACAGUGCCUUUCUUAUUUUCAAUGCUAUCAAUAAACAUGGAAAUGUUCUUAUUCCCAGAAUUAGUUCCAUGACCAAGGAUGGCUUAAGAAGGUACCAUGGAGCUAUUGCACGUAAGAAAAUUCGAUUAUUCAGGAGAUAUGCUCUCUUAAAGAAAGAAAACAAUUUCACACCUGAUUUCUGGGACAUUAGCCACCAGUCACUCAUAAUCAAAAGCAAUGUUACAGCAUUGACUUUCUUGGCAGCAAAGCCUGGAUGGGAGAUAUGUAUGACUCUAAAUCGUACAAAAAUGUACAUUCUGGAGGAGGAGAAUGCUCUGUCAAUCAAGGUUGAAAUGCAAAUACAGAUACCUUCGAAAUUGGCAUUCUUCCUUUUAUCUAACUUCUCACUCCAUAAGCAUUGGACUAAAUACUACUCAAAUUGUAGAGUCAUGGAGUGUGUGACUGAAGAGGACAAAAUAUACCACAUUACAUCCUCAGCAUCUGCUAAUGGAAAUAAACCCAGUGUUUUAAUUCUUGUCUCUCAAAGGGAACCUUCUAAAACAGAAGAUCCUUACAUAAUAGCAGUGAAGUCAAUUGCUGUAACAGCUACUCUGCCUGCUCAUCAGAACUACCACCAAAAUGAAAUCCAGUGUGCUGGAUUCCUAAUCCACUCUCAUGAGGAUUCCUCUUUGAUUUCUGUCUUCAUCCAUGAUGUACAUAAUAUCAUGCCUCACUUUGCUGGAAACCUUGCUUGUCUGCGGGAAUCAAUAGAAGAUAUAGCAUCUAUGUGCAUCCAGUUCUUAGAAUCAGAGAGCAACAAAAUGAGCUACAUUUAAUGCACCAAAACGGUACUGAAAAUGAUAAAAAUCAUUGAAAACUAUGAACUUUCAAUCUAACAAAGCAAUUGCCAUCUACUUAUUUGAAAUCAUCACCAUGACAAUUGCAGUAUCAUCCAAGGCUAACUGAAUGUCCAUCUAACCAUUUUCUAAAUUUUACAAAAAUCCUUGUAUAUGCAAUCUAUAAUAUUACAUUUUAAAUAUUUUAGAUGCAAAUGUUUAUUUUAAAAUGAACUUAAAUCUGCUAUUUAUUAUAAUGUAUUAGGAGUCUGAACCAUAGUUAUGUUUCACAAUUUUGCAACUGUAUUUCUGUGCAAGUCACUUUGGCACAAGUUCUGUAUAAUAAAUCAGGUGACUUAAAACGUUAGCUUUAAUAAAAAUGACUAAUUAUAAGUUUAUAUUAUAAUAUCUGAUCAAUAUAAUAAAGUUUAUACAACAUUAA